CUCAAUUCCAAUGUCAUACCAUACAUACGAAUAGCUACUUCUGCCUGGUGCACCACCCCAAUUCUCACCGUUCCACCUCAUAGCGUGUUAUUCUACCCUGUCUAUCGGAAAACUUACUUGUCUACUUUUUCUUCUCCUUCUAAACCUCAAUUGCGCUUGAACAACAGCCUCAUCGACGCCCCAAAUGGUUCUUCAAGACAUUGGCGACCCGCCCCAAGAUAACUCGGACGACAGCUACUCUCAGUAUGCUUCUCCAUCUGGCCGCCGCUUCGACUCCUCCCAGCUUCCACGACCCAUCCCACUCAUAGCUCCUCUUGUCGGCUCCUCCGAGACCGUCGUUCGCAUCAAAACAGAGCAGACCAUCAAGUUCGCGGAGCAAAAGGUCCACCGAUCCUUGACGCAACCGGAGGCACAGGCCCUAGCUUUCCACCUAUAUCAACUGGAGAAGAACAAAUCCUAUUUCGCUGUUGCGGGUGUCGCCGCCGGGAGCUACAGAUGGUACACCACCAUGGCCGACUUCAGAUAUCCUUUCUACAAACCGAAACCCGAAUCCAUCGACCCGAACAAAUUUCUCUUCAUCCGAGGACCUAAUGCCCAAUAUGCGCGACAGGCGUGGCGCUUUGCAGCGUUCGCCUUUGUAGCUGGACAGAUUGGAAAGUUACUUGGAGUCGUCCUCGCCCAACCACUGGCUGCCCAGGCCACUGCUGCCGACCCUGCCCUCGCUCAGUUCUCUACCGAUCUCAAGGCGGCGCUAUCUAUCGAUCACCAAAAGGACCGAGAUUUCGCGAGCCAUAGGAAAGCAGAGUGGGAGGAGAGGAUACGACGGAAUGCUGGUGCGUCCGCACCGGCGCGCAAAGUAGAAUCUAAUACCAAUUCCCAAUACGGAGAUGACAUGUCUCCCACCUCCGGUGACGAUGCUUGGGGCACUACGAGUGGUUCGGAUCAUUACAGCGACUCGGGCUUCUCUUCUUCAUCAACAUCACAAGCUACCACCUCAAAUCAACAAGCAGCACGUCCCCAACCAACCAAUAGCUGGAGCAGACAGCGCAACCGCCGCGAUCAUGACGAUGACGAUGCCUCUCCCACUGGUGGGCUCUUCCAAGACGAGGUUCAGGACCAGUCAAGACCCGGCGAGUCGGCAUGGGAUCGCUUGCGUCGGGGUGCGGGACCAGCAGCAGAACCGCGCCCGAAGCGGCCGGAGCCUACCCGCAGAGAGCAGCGGGAAGGUUCCUCGCUAGGAGGCAGCUUUACCUUUGCCGAGACUGACGAUGAGAGGCGAUACGCACAGGAGAAGGCCCAACGAGAAUUCGAUCAGCGAAUCGAACAGGAGCGACAGGGCAAGAGCUUCGACGAGGAGAGACGGUGGUAAAACUGUCACGAAAACUCCGUCGCGGUUUGUAAAUUUGUAAAAUCAUGCAUGAGAAGCAACGAAAGCUGCAAUGUAAAUAUACUGAUACUUUGAAUCAACUUUUCCCUUGCCUUCA